AUGUCUUCGAAGGUGAACCACAUCUACCAGAGACUGGGAAUCGAUUCUUUGGAGAGCGAUACUUUCUUUGAUACCUUGCUACGAGACCUCUCAGUGGGAUAUCUAUGCUCCUUUGGCAAUCCAGAUUGUACCAAUCCUGCUAAGGCCAAAUUUGCAGAAUGGAUGAGCUCGUCCGAUCCCGAUGAAGAGAAUUCGAAUCCAAUUGAUGCCGCAGUUCGAUCAACUGUGUAUUGUAGCGCAGUAGCUGAAGGACAGAGCGAUGUCUGGGAUUUCCUAUUUGAGCGAUAUCUUCGCGGCACAAAUGGAAACGAGAAAUCCAACAUUCUAAGUGCCUUGGGGUGCUCCUCCAAUGAGGAAACGCUUCAAAGGUACCUGGCAUUGUCCAUGGAUCCGGACUCUGGGAUCCGUAAACAAGACGGCAAAUCCGUGGUGUCCUCGGUGGCCAAUAAUGCCCAAGGAAGUGCGAUCGCCUUUCGAUGGCUGGACUCUAAUUGGGAUGCUAUUCGCUCAUAUUUCGAUACGGCUGUCAGUUCGCCUUUAGCCGACAUGGUUGGCGUCGUGGCCAGGUCAUUCAACACCCAAGAGGAAUUAGACGGACUUAAGAUCUUCGUUCAGAGCCAUCAGAACAACCUGGGCACGGCUCAGAGAGCCACCGAACUGGCCAUUGAGACGACGGAGGCCAAUAUAGCUUGGAUGGAAGACUAUUAUAAUGUCAUUGUUGAGUGGUUGCAAGGCAAGACUCAGUCAUGA